AGUGCCGGAAGCAGAGGGGCCAGGGGCGAGCCACUCUCUGGGUAGAUCCUGUAGUGAAUUCGUUUAGGACUAGAUACAUUGAGGGAAUGCGAUGAGAUGAGUGUGAUUACUUAUAUGCGAUGCGAGAAGUGUGUUGCACACAAGAUGUGCUGCGCAUCUCACACAAGGGUGCUGAUUGAUGGAAGCUGAACCCGAUCUGGGUUGGCUACGCUUGCCGCUGUGGCCGAACGCUUCGACUGUCGCUCCUGGUGAUGACCGAUGGUCAGCCGGUGACAGCUGCAGGAGCCACUAUGGCUCCCGCUUGGUGCCUUCGAGGCGCCACCCGGAUUGCCAGCGGCAGGAGUAUUUUGACAUUAACGAUGCUACACCUCUCUGUGCAGUUAAGCAUGGGCAAUUUCGGGUAACAAUGGGCUUCCUGAUCCCUAUUAGACUGAACCUAUGCCCCAAAAAGCGUUCAUAAAGAGAACGGGAGGUGAUGGCAUGUAUGAAUUGUG